AUGAGGAAGACCUUCUGCUUCGGGGGCAGCCGCUUGGCCAGGAGGAUGUCGGAGCGGGCGCCAAUGGUCGACGGGUGCGUCUUCUGCGACAUCGCCAGCCACGCCCCCACCUCCACCACCGCUCUCCUCUACUCCGUUCCGUACCGCUGUCCCCAUGAUGACAAGGUCGUGGCGUUCCGCGACAUCAACCCGUCGGCGUUCAGGCACUAUCUUGUCAUACCCAUUGAUCAUAUACCAACUGUAAAUAGCCUCCACAAAACCAAAGAUGAUCACCAGUUAGUCAGCCACAUGGUGAAGGUGGGGAAAGACUUGCUCAAUCAAGAUGCUCCCAAUUCUGAGGAACACAGGUUUGGGUUCCAUCAGCCCCCAUUUAAUAGUGUUGAUCACCUUCAUCUUCAUUGCCUGGCACUGCCAUUUAUCCCCAGUUGGAGGCAAGUAAAAUAUACCCCUCUAGGACCUUUAGGGGGGUUUAUAGAAGCUGAAAAGCUAUUGGAAAGAAUAAAACCAGAAGCAGAAGUAUACGGUUAG